AUGAAAGAAACGAUCAUGAACCAGAAAAAACUGGCCAAACUGCAGGCACAAGUGCACACUGGUGGGAAAGGAACUGCUCACAGAAAGAAGAAAGUGGUUCACAGAACAGUCAGAGCAGAUGAUAAAAAACUGCAGUUCUCCUUAAAGAAGUUAGGGGUGAACAAUAUCUCUGGUAUUGAAGAGGUGAACAUGUUUACAAACCAAGGAACAGUGAUCCAUUUUAAUAACCUUAAAGUUCAGGCAUCUCUGGCAGCAAACACCUUCACCAUUACAGGCCACGCCGAGACAAAGCAACUGACAGAAAUGCUUCCCCGCAUUCUAAACCAGCUUGGGGCAGACAGUCUGACUAGUUUAAGGAGACUGGCUGCAGCUCUGCCCAGACAAUCUGUGGACAGAAGAGCACCCCUUGCUACUGGAGAGGAUGGUGAUGAUGAAGUCCCAGAUCUGGUGGAGAAUUUUGAUGAGGCUUCUAAGAACAAGGCAAACUGA